UUAUCACUACAUUAUGCAAGAGUUGCUCCUCCUAUUAAGUUAGUAAUAAAACACGGUGCAAAUCUACAAUAUUAGUUAUGCACAAACAGAAGGACAUGGAGAAGUUUUUAUUUCUUAGCCUGCUGGUUUGGGCUGGAGCAUAUGGUCAAAGCAGCAAAGGUUCAAACUUGUUGGAAGAGUGUCUUAAGGAUCCGGAGUAUGAAGAAAUGAUGGAUAUUGCCAUACGUGGAUUGCCUUCUGUCCCAAAAUCUAAUCAGAAACACGUUGUAAUUGUUGGUGCCGGGAUGUCGGGAUUAUCAGCGGCCAAAGUAUUACAGGAUGCCGGUCACAGAGUGACAGUGCUGGAGGCCAGUAACCGCAUAGGAGGUCGUGUACUGACCUAUAGAGAUCCAGAGGGCUGGUAUGGAGAACUGGGACCCAUGCGUAUUCCUCCGUCUCACAGGCUUAUACGGGAAUUCAUUCGUCAGCAUCAAUUGCAGAUGAACCCUUUUAUCAUGUCUAAUGACAACAGUGUAUACUUGUUCAAUAACAAAAGACAACUGCAAAAGGAUGUUACUAAGAUGUCAAACCUGUUUGGGUUUGCAUUGAGCCCUGAGGAAGAAGGAAUAUCCCCUGAUGAUCUAUAUUCUAAUUUAGCAAACAAGUUUGUAAGACACAUUGCUGGAGAAAACUGCUCUGGAAUAUUGGACUCACUUGACAAAGUUUCUGUUCAGUCAAUCAUGGCGGAUGAAGGACAUUUAAGUGCUGGUGCUAUAAAGAUGCUUGGAAACUUGAUGAAUACUAAUAGUCAGCCCUACGUCUCAUUUAUGGAAGCAGUUCUGGAUAUGUAUAUUUUUAAAACCCCAAGGUUAGAUGAGAUCACUGGAGGCUUCGAUCAAUUGCCCUUGGCCUUGGCCAAAUAUUUGGGAAAUGUGAUCAGAUUGAAAUCCACUGUAGUUAAAGUCAGGAGGAAUGAAAAAUCAGUGAUCGUCUACUACCGUAAAGAUAGAACCACCCCUCCCACCAGCAUAAUCGCAGACUAUGUCAUCAUAACAUCCACUGCAAAGGCAACCAAACGUAUUAAGUUCAGUCCUCCUCUGUCCAAUGAGAAGGAUUUUGCAUUAAGUAAUAUCUACUAUGCAAGUGCCACAAAAAUCUUACUGGGCUGCACUGAGAGUUUCUGGGAAAAGGAUGGUAUUGUUGGUGGGAAAAGCAUCACUGAUCGCCCCUCGCGUUAUAUCUAUUACCCAAGUCACAACUUCACCGGAGGAAGAGGAGUCCUCCUUGCAUCAUACACUUUGGCAGACGAGUCAUCGUUCUUCAUAUCCCUCAGUGAUGAAGAGUGCAUUGACAUUGUUUUUGAAGACUUGGCUGCCAUCCACUUGAGAUCAGAGAAGGAGCUCCGACGCCUUUGUCCUAAGACUGUGGUGAAGAGGUGGAGCCUGGAUCCAUAUUCCAUGGGUGCAUUCGCCCAUUUCAUCCCGUAUCAGUAUAGUUACUUGUUUGAGUACCUGGCUCAACCUGAAGGCAGAAUAUAUUUUGCUGGAGAACACACUUCAGCUCCCCAUGGUUGGAUCGACACAGCUAUUAAAACUGGCCUUAAGGCUGCAAGAGCUGUUCACAGAGAUGCCAACACAUUCCUUCACAGAUAAUUGAAUUGCAUACGUGUAUGAAUAUCAAUAUUUCUUGGUUCUGGAAAUAUACAUUUUAUGUCAAGCAGUGUACUUUAAAAAUAAAAAAUUAUUUUGGUGACAGUUUAAUAGUAUCACCAUUCUAUA